AUGGCCUAUCUUUUGCUAUAUGUGGACGAUAGUAUAUUAACCGCAUCCAGUGAUGAUCUGCUCCGGCAAAUAAUUGGGUCCCUUACGGCUGAAUUCAAAAUGACUGACUUGGGGACUUUGCAUCAUUUCUUGGGAAUUGUUGUAACUAAACAUGCUAACGGGUUAUUUUUAUCUCAGUCUACCUAUGCAGCGGACAUUCUCACUCGCGCCAACAUGUCUAAUUACAAACCCGCUAGCACCCCUGUCGAGCCUGGCUCUAAACUUAGUGCCGACAGUGGUUCACCCUUUGAAGAUGGUUCUCUCUACAGGAGUUUAGCCGGGGCUCUUCAGUAUCUCACGAUUACCAGACCUGACAUUGCCUAUGCCGUUCAACAGGUCUGUCUCUUCGUGCAUGCCCCUAGAGAACCGCAUUUUCAGUUUCUCAAACGGAUCCUUCGCUACCUAAAGGGCACCUUAGAGCACGGUUUACUGCUUUCUAAGUCAUCCAGCACAGAAUUGACUGCCUAUUCAGAUGCUGAUUGGGGUGGGUGCCCUGAUUCUCGACGUUCUACAUCCGGCUAUUGCGGUUAUUUGGGAUCCAACUUGAUCUCUUGGUCUUCUAAGCGCCAGUCCACCAUUUCCAGGUCAAGUGCCGAAGCUGAAUACCGCGCCGUGGCAAACACCGUUGCCGAACUCAGCUGGGUUCGCAACCUUCUACUCGAGUUACAUGUCCCUGCUCGCCACGCGUCGCUCAUCUACUGUGACAACAUCUCGGCUGUCUACCUCUCAGAUAAUCCGGCUCAACAUCAACGCACCAAACAUAUAGAACUGGAUAUCCAUUUCGUCCGAGAAAAGGUCCGCCUUGGCUCAGUCAAGGUCCUUCACGUCCCUGCCGAUUUCCAGUAUGCAGACAUUUUCACGAAAGGAUUACCGAAGCAUCUGUUCCUGCGUUUUAGAUCCAGUUUAUGCCUUCGGUCAUCUCCGACUCAAACUGCAGGGGCGUGUUAA